GGCUUGCGGAUGCGGAAACACGUCACGGAGCCAAGAUGGCCGCGCCCAGGGCGAUGCCGCGGAUGGAGGUUUGGAGCCGCACUCGGGAAAAGCUCAGGAGCUUUCCACAUUUUAUGGCAGCGUGUGCCGCAGAGGCGUCGGCAUAUGGCAGGUGUGUGGCUGCAAAUACUCAGGGAAGCAAGGACCUCAGAAAGGACAUGUGUGCAAACGAGUUUCAGGCACUUAAGAACUGCUUUACAUUAAAUGCCAAAAAAGCAAGUUAAGGACAAGUUUUGAUUUCUGCGAAGAAGUUCAUCAACCACUACAGCACAAAAAGAACAUCCCAUUAGAUGGUUGUCAAGUAGAUCUGAACAUCAAUCCCCUGUAACAGGAGAACCGUGAUCAAGAGAAGACUGUAUUGAAGAGAAGAAUGAACUCAAAAAUAGAACAAUAUAUCAUUUAUUUUCUUGGCUUGGUGCAUUUUGUGAAGAUGUUCAAAUAUCAAGCAUUUUACCAUGUUGCAUCCAAUAUUUCUAGAACAGCCAUUACUGAGGACAUACAUAUCUGUUCCUGAAUCCCAAAUACCGCUUUGGUACUGUGACUUCAGAUUUCCCUUUUUUUUUUGAAAUGUAUGAAUGAAAAGUAUAUAGAUUGAAUUUUUUUUUGUAUUGUUUGACAAGUUUUUUGCUUAAAUGUUUCCAUAUUUUGUCUAAUUAAAUAAUAAAUGUUGUCUUGUAAUACAUCUAAGUGAAAUAAAAUAUGUUUUCAGAA